AUGCAUUCAUUUUCCGCGAUCCUUCGCGGAUUCUAUUCGUACGCCUUAGCUCGCGGCUUGCCGGUGCGCUUGUGCUUCUCUUCUCCUAUUCGAGUAUUUCGUCUCUUCACCGAAUUGUGUUCGGCCGGUACACUUGCAGAUCUGGCUCCACUUCGCCCUUCGGAGGGUCUAGUUCGCCAAUUCACACACGACCUCGUCCAAGCCCUGAUUUACCUCCAUGAGAGAGUAAGCCUAUUGCUAUUCUUUCCACAGAGCGUCACGGCGCAUGCUAUCUUAGGACAUGCUUUGUUUAUAGAUACAGUUUGA